CGGUCCCGCCGCUCCACGGCCAUAGGCCGCUGCGCACGGUCUCCCCCCCACCCCACGCCCUCUUCUCUCGACACCCGCCAACCGUUCGGGCUGCCACUUCCGCCGCGGCGCGGGGAGUGGGGGCGGAGGCGGCCGGCUUGGCCUGUCGGUUACCGGCGGCGCAGCUGGGGGUCGGCACCGGAGGGAAGGUCCCCCCGCACCACCGCACCUCCGUGGAGGCGAGCCCAGGGACCCAGGCUGUGGCCCCAGCUCCGAUCCUGUCCCGGGAGGCGAGGGGACCCCUCCCCCGCCGUCCCGCUCCUCCUCCUCCUUCAACCACAGCAACAAUGUCAGAAGCUUUGAGCUUUAUACACCCGAUCUGGGAUCAUCCGGUUUGAUCCUUCCGGUCUACAGAUUGGGAAACUGAGAUUUAUCAACAGCAUGAAUCAAGAAAAGUUAGCCAAACUUCAGGCUCAGGUCCGGAUAGGGGGCAAGGGUACAGCUCGCAGAAAGAAGAAGGUGGUACAUAGGACAGCUACAGCUGAUGACAAAAAGCUUCAGAGUUCUCUAAAAAAACUGGCUGUGAAUAAUAUAGCUGGUAUUGAAGAGGUGAACAUGAUUAAAGAUGAUGGGACAGUUAUUCAUUUCAACAACCCCAAAGUCCAAGCUUCCCUCUCCGCUAACACCUUUGCAAUUACUGGUCAUGCAGAAGCUAAACCAAUCACAGAAAUGCUUCCUGGAAUAUUAAGUCAGCUCGGGGCUGACAGCUUAACAAGUCUCAGGAAGUUAGCAGAACAGUUCCCACGGCAAGUGUUGGAUAGCAAAACACCAAAACCAGAAGACAUCGAUGAAGAGGAUGAUGAUGUUCCAGAUCUUGUAGAAAAUUUUGAUGAAGCAUCAAAGAAUGAAGCAAACUAAAAUCUUUUCUGGUUUUUGGAAGCUGGCAUGGACUAGAUUUAACAAAUCAGCUAUGUGGUUCCAAAGUUUCACAGACAUGGAGAGCAUCACAUUACUAGUACAGUAAUAUAAAUAUUUUGUAUAUUAACAAUGCUGUUUAUUCAGCAUUUUUUUGGUCAUUUGAUUUUGCAUUUUGCACUUCCAGGAUCUAUACUUUUGGUCAAAAUAUGAAGUAGUGGUGCAGUUUGAGGGUGUUUUGGUUUUAGAUUCUUCUUUUUGUGGGGGGGUAUCUUUGGUGUAUGUAUGUAUAUGUAUGCGUGUGGUAUGUGUGUUCACAGUGGAGAGCAAAUUGGAAGACAGUUCUAUUUAUCCUCUCCUUCUCUAGUAGAAAUAAAACAAAUCUUUCCACUUGUUACCUUUUUUUCCCCCCCAAUAAUGCACAGAAUUAAUGAAAAAAUGAGUAUUUGACUUCAGA